AUGGCUUCAGUUUUUAACGUCCUGAGAUGUUACAAAUGUGAAACUUUUCAAGUGCAGCAGCAGAAAAAAACCGGUAGGUGGUCGUGCAAGGUUUGCGAAGAGAAGCAAUCUGUUAAGCAGAUUUAUGGAUCAGGAGCUGGCUAUGAAUGCAGGAUGCACGUUCAAAAAUUGAACAAAUUGAAAGGUGAGAUAGAAAAUAAUAGAUUAAAAUUAAAUAACGAUGAAGAUGGAGAAAAAGACUUCAGUGAAGAAGAAGAAGACUACAAUGAGGACAAAAGAAACAAUAGUUGUGAACAAGGAUAUGGUGGUUAUAAACAUGGUCAUCAUGCUUACGAACAUUUACUCCAAUCUGGCCAUCAUAAAAAUGAGCAUUACACUUCCUCGAUAGUUAACUCAGGUAUAAAUAAAAGAAAAAUAGACAGAGAUUCUAAGGCCACAUCCAAAUGGAGCAGGUUCAUUGAUUCCUCUAAAAUUGUUCUUUCUGAAGAUGCAGAUGAUGAUGAUAAUGGGCACCACCAUCUUGUUGAUUUUGCUGUCAAUAACAAUUAUAAUGAUAAAAAGGGGUUUGUUAACAUUAAACAUAAAAAAACUUCGAAGACUGGCAUUACUGAGAACCAGAAAAAAUCAUCAACUAGGUGGGACAUGUUUCUGAAUGAAAAUGACAGAAGGGAUGGAGAGGAUAUGUAUGAUGCUGAGGGCAAAGGUCUGAUUCAUAAUUGCCACACUGAUGAUCACAACAAUAUAAAGAAAGUUAUCAAUAAUGAAACAAGACAGUUUACAUGUACAGAUCAAUCUCAAAAAUCAAUGAAAUGUAAAGAAAAUGUACGAAAUGAAAAUGACCAAGACCAAAGAAACCUUUUUCAUAUUGAAACAGAUUUUGAAUCUGAAUGGCUGCAGUAA